GGGCGUGGGGCGAGCGGAGAGGUUCAGAUCUGCUCGGAUAUUGGACCGACGUCCCGGAUCUUGGAUUUUGAUCGGUCUGCUCCCUGAUGGAUUUGUCACGCGUCUUCUUGCUCAUCUGCACCUGCGGCCUCCUGCCAGACGCGCUCGUGUGCUUCAACCUCAACUCCAAGCGGGUGCAAAUCUUCCGAGGCUCCGAGGAAAACCACUUCGGUUACACGCUACAACAACACUACGCGCAAGGACGCCGAUGGCUCCUGGUCGGCGCCCCCCUGGCCCGGACGGGCGACCAGCGGACCGGCGAUGUGUUCAGGUGUCCCGUGGACCACGUGAACUCCUUCAUGAACUCGAGCGGCGCCUGCAGCCGCCUUCACCUGGGAAACGUGUCCGUGGACCGCGUGCCGGCCCAGCGGAAAGACGGGAUGAGGCUGGGAAUGACGCUCACCGCCGAUCACAGAGACGGAAGCUUUGUGACGUGCGGUCCGCGCUGGUCCCACGAGUGCGGCAGCUCCGUGUACACGUCGGGAAUGUGCGCCCGCGUGGGAGCGCGCUUCCAAAUCCUGGACGCCGUCACGCCCGCCUUCCAGAGGUGCGAGACGUUCGUGGACCUGGUGAUGGUGGUGGACGGCUCCAACUCCAUCUACCCGUGGGGCGACAUCAGGGACUUCCUCAUCAACGUCCUGAACAAGUUCAACAUCGGCCCCAGUCAGACGCAGGUGGGGGUGGUGCAGUACGGCUCCAAGGUGGUCCACGAGUUCCGUCUGGGCGAGCACCGGACGGUGGAGGAAGUCCUGGCGGCCGUGGGUGACAUCAGACAGCGAGGAGGCGAGGAGACCCGGACGGCAUUGGCCAUCAACGUGGCCAGAUCGCAGGCGUUCGAGCGCGGCGGUCGUCCCGGCGCUCAGAAGGUUUUGGUGGUGAUCACGGACGGAGAAUCUCACGACAAUCCUCAGCUCGACGACGCCGUCCGUCGGUGCAAACGCGACAACAUCACCAUGUACGCCAUCGCGGUCCUGGGCUACUACAACCGGCGCGGCAUCAACCCGGAGGCCUUCCUGAAGGAGAUCCGCUUCAUCGCCAGCGACCCCGACGAGGACCACUUCUUCAACGUGACCGACGAGGCGGCGCUGAAAGACAUCGUGGACGCGCUGGGGGAGAGGAUCUUCACCUUGGAAGGAAGCGGCGGGAUGGGGCGAGGCUUCGGCCUGCAGAUGGCGCAGGCGGGAUUCUCCUCGCACCUUCUGCAGGACGGCCUUCUGGUGGGCGUCGUGGGCGCGUACGACUGGAACGGCGCCGUGCUGAAGCAGAGCCCGCACGGGAACCUGCUGCUCGCCCAGGCGGCGUACGGCGACCAGUUUCCCGAGGAGCUCCGGAACCACGCCGCCUACCUCGGGUACUCGCUGGGGUCGCUGGUCCCGACGGGCGCCUCGCGGGACGAGAUCCUGGUGGCCGGAGCGCCGCGCUUCAACCACAGCGGGAAGGUCGUCGCCUUCACGCUGGAUCGCCGCGGAAACGUCGACGUCCUGCAGGCGCUCUUGGGAGAGCAGAUGGGUUCUUACUACGGCAGCGUGUUGUUGUCGAUGGACGUGGAUGGCGACUCGCGGAGUGACCUCCUCCUAGUGGCAGCGCCCAUGUACUGUAGCCACGACGCGCACGAGACUGGCAAAGUUUACAUCCACACACUCGACACACACGCAAAGGCUCCGUUGGCGCUGCAGGGGGCGCUGCUUCCCUCGCCCGCUCACAAUUCGCGCUUUGGCGCCGCCCUGGCGCAGAUUCCUGACGUGAAUGCGGACGGCUUCAACGAUUUGGCGGUGGGUGCGCCGCUUGAGGAUGACCACCGGGGGGCACUGUACCUGUAUCACGGGCACCGCAGGAGCAUUCACGCGCACCACGCGCAGCGUCUCACCGCCGUCAGCCUCGACUUGGGACUCAAGUACUUCGGCCAAAGUCUUCACGCCGGCAAGGACGGCGACGGACUCGGAAACGUCGCCGUCGGAGCGCUCGGCGCCGCCGUCAUCGUGCGGUGUCGCCAGGUGGUGCGUCUGGAGUCCACGCUGACGUUCGAGCCCGCCAAGGUGAACGUGUUCCGCAAGGGUUGCCAGAGAGCGGGACGAGCGGUCGCCUGCAUGGUCGCCGUGGUGUGCCUGCGCCUGCGCGGCGCCACAGCCGACACGCGCGACGCCGCCCAUCGCGUCGCCGUUCGCUACCAGCUGAGUUUAGACGAAAAACGAUUUCCUCAUCGAGCCGUUCUGGACGACCGCGAACAACUACAGACGGAAACGAUGACGCUGACAACAGGAAGUCGACAAUGCCGACGUCACGGAUUCACAGUGCAGGACACGAUGGAUUACGGCCGUCCAAUCACGGUGGGGCUGGAGGCGGGGCUGCGGAGCUCAGAGGACGGGCCGAUGCUGGACCCCGAUUGGCCCACGACGCUGAAGGCCGAGCUUCCAUUUUGGAACGGAUGCGCGCAGGAAGACGCGUGCGUGCCAGACCUCAUCAUCAACACGCACACCGACCUCACCAGCGUCCAACAGUUGUGCAGUUCUCCGGAGGAGGCGUGGCGGUCGGUGUGCGGGCAGGCCGCCGGUGCGUUCGUGGUGGACACGAGGCGGAGGAGGGCGGCCUUCUUCGCCCGCCUGGAGAACCGCGGUGAGAACGCCUACGGGACCUCCGUCCUCAUCUCCUCCUCGCGCAACCUCGUCUUCGCGAGCCUCGUCGUCAAGGACCAAUCGGACGUGCGAAUGGAGUGCUUCUCCGAGGAGGCCAAUCAGAGGCGGUGUAACAUCAGCGCUCCGUUCAUGAAGGCCUCGUCUCAGGUGUUUUUCCGGGUGGAGUUUGAGUUCAGUUCUUUGGUCUUUCUGGACCAUCUUUGGCUCGCCAUGGCGGCCAGCAGCGAAGGCGAAGACGCCUCCCCCGAUGACAACGACGCCGAGAUCACGCUCGCCCUCAAGUACCGAACGGACAUCGUCUUCACCGCAGAUCAAAGCCCCUCCCGCUUUGUCGUCCAAUCAGAGUCUUUGGCGUCCCCGGGAGAUGAAGACCACGAAGACGACGCCUUCCCAUCUUUCAACGUGUCUUUCUAUCUGGAGAACCUGUCGUGGUUCCCCGUUGAGGGCGUGUCCUUCAGGGCCGACCUCUGGGCUGUGAGUCUCCAUGGCAACCGUCUGCUGAGCCUCACGCACUGCGGCCCGGGCCGGGACCAGGCCGCCGCCUCCUGCGUCCUGACGCAACCCGCGGCAGCCAAUCAGGCGACAGCGGAGGACCUGACGCACCUGACGCAGAUGAACGCCAGCAACAGCGCGAGCGUGUCGGCCGUCUGCAAACUUUUCCUUCCGGCGUCCGAUCGCGUCACGUUGACCCUGAGAGGAAGACUCCGGCGACCGGUCUUGCAGAAGGUGGUCUUCAGGACUCUGCGGGUUUUGCUCAGCGCGGACGUCCGCUUGGACUCUUCAGGGCCGUUCUUCCUGCAGCAGGAGGGUCCAGUCAGACAGACGUUCGUGGAGCUGAAGAAGGAGCACAAGUCCGGCGCCAUCUUGCUGAUUGUCAUUUUGGGAAGUUCAGCUGCAGGAUUCUUCGCACUGGCCAUUAUCGUGCUCGCGCUGUGGAGGCUGGGCUUCUUCUCCAGGAAGAGGCGGAGUCUGGCGCAGGAGGAGCCAGCAGCAGCCAAUGGGAAGCCGGCGGACGUUUUGUGACGACGCGGCGGGAAGACGGCGGCCGCAGCACGCGAUGACAUCAUCGACGAUGUUGCCAUUCUUUGGGUAGAGGGGGCGGAGCUUGAGGGGACAUCCUGGCCACGACCUCCGGUGACUUCCACAAAGAUGGCCACCGGGAGCGCUCACCCAGGCCCCCUGGUGGCUGAGCAAAGUGCUGCCAUAAAUUUCCACUCCCGCCAAAACAUUCCGCCGUACUAAGUGAUGCCAAACCGCUAUUGGCCGGCCAGUCGUCGGGAGCAGCCAUUGGCCGUGUCAGUUUGGCUCAAUGUCAAAACUGUAACAAGAAGGUUGGUUGCAUGCUUCCGGAAGACGCCGUCUCAAUUCCGCACGUUUGGAAUCGAGUGACUUUUCAAAUAUGACAACAACUACUCCAUGACUCCAAAAGGGACAUUAAGGAAAUGAGUUUUCGGUGUGCGGAAAGCACCAAGGGGCAGUUGAACGCGCCUUCGUCCCUUGAACGAAUUUGUCAUUAUGCUUCUUUACAAAGACUUUCCUCUUUAAAAUAGGAAAAUAUGUAGAAAUAUAUUUUAGAAAGCAUGUUAAAUAUGUAUUUUUCAUUAUUUGUUUUCAUAAGGGUGAAAUUUUAUAUUCAUAAAGGUAAAUAUGACAAUGAGAAACGUACAUUUACACACCUUAACAAAGACUUUAGGAAGAAAAAGGCUCGAAAAACUACAAAUAUUUGUAAACACUAAAUUAUUUGAACACAGUUGCAAGCCCCAGCAUUUGUUUUUUUAUGCAUUUUUUAUAUACUUGUGAUAUACUGAAUGUUCUCAAUGUUUGUUGCAUAUAUAUAUAUAUAUAUAUUAUAUACUGUUCAAUACUAUUUUUUUUCUUUAAUAAAAAGGGGAAGAAAAGGAAACUGA